CGCUCGGCUGUCGCGCACAUUGUGUCGGUAUACCGGUCCGCCGCUGUCGUGUUGUGCUUUUAUUCUCGCUCUGUACGCUAAUGUCUGCUCAUUCUGCCGAAGAGCCGUUCCCGUUCCACGGGCUGCUUCCGAAAAAAGAGACCGGCGCUGCUUCGUUCCUCACAAAAUUCCCGGAGUACGAUGGCCGAGGGGUGCUCAUCGCGAUCCUCGACACCGGGGUGGACCCAGGUGCCCCGGGCAUGCAGACUACGACGGACGGGAAACCUAAGAUCGUGGACAUCAUUGACACGACGGGCAGCGGCGACGUGAACAUGUCCAGUGCGGUGGAGGUGAAGGAUGGGCCCGUGACCGGACUGAGCGGACGCACGCUCCGAAUUCCUGCUGCUUGGGUCAAUCCGUCUGGGAAGUAUCACAUCGGAAUAAAGAACGGUUAUGAUUUUUUCCCUAAAGCUCUCAAAGAGAGAAUACAGAAAGAGCGUAAGGAGAAGCUGUGGGAUCCAGCACACAGAGCAGCUCUCGCCGAGGCCAGUCGCAGGAUAGAAGAGUUUGACCAGACCCACCCGAACCCAUCACAGAUGGAGAAGCUACAGAAGGAGGAACUACAGUGUCACGUGGAGCUGUUAGGAGCCCUGGAGAAGAAGUACAGUGAUCCAGGGCCGGUUUAUGACUGUAUAUCGUGGCAUGACGGCGUCACAUGGAG